AUGUCUGAAGAACAGCCCAGCUCUCGCAUAGUCAGAAUCCCUUCUUCUGAGGCACAUGCAUAUGUCAAGGCAGUACUUGAAGCAAACAGAGUUUCUCCAGAACAUGCCUCGACAGUCGCCGAUUGCCUUGUUGCAGCAGAUUUGAGAGGAGUGGAUACACAUGGUGUCAAUAGAAUACCUUCUUAUGUGGCUCGAAUCCGGCAAGGCGUGCUAGACCCGGCAGCAGAACCAGAACUCAAGGAAAUUACACCUGUCGUUGCUCAAGUCGACAGCAAGAAUGGGUUUGGAUUUGUGGCUGCGAAACUCGGCAUGGCGAAAGCUAUUGAUAUGGCCAUAAUAUUCGGUAUCGGCAUGGUAUCGGUAAAACACUCCAACCACUUCGGGAUGUCGGCAUGGGUGGUUCAGCAAGCUCUGGACGCUGGCCUCAUGUCUCUUGUGUUUACCAACUCUUCUCCGGCGUUGCCAGUUUGGGGAGGGAAGUCCAAGCUAAUGGGAGUGUCGCCUAUCGCUUGCGGAGCUCCAGGAAACGAACAUCCUUUUAUUCUGGACAUGGCACCGUCUGUUGCCGCGCGCGGCAAGAUCUAUAAAGCAAAGCGUCGUGGUGAGAAGAUACCAAAAGAUUGGGCAUUAGAUGCCGAAGGACGACAGACAGACGACCCAUCAGCAGCUCUAGAAGGUGUCAUGCUGCCAAUGGGUGGCCCGAAAGGAAGCGCAUUGGCGAUCAUGAUGGAUGUCUUCAGUGGAGUGUUAUCUGGCUCUGCUUUUGCAGGUCAUGUCACAAACCCCUAUGAUCCGUCAAGGCCAGCGGAUGUUGGGCAUUUUCUGGUCGCGAUCAAACCAGACUUGUUCAUGAGCAUGGAGGAUUUCAAAGCAAGGAUGGAGUAUCUCUACCAACGCGUUGUCGGCUCGGACAAAAUGGCUGGAGUCGAUCGCAUCUACAUGCCAGGAGAGCUUGAGCAAUUGACAGAAGAAGAACGGAAACAAUCGGGGAUCCCCUAUGUUGAAGCAGAGAUCGAAGCGUUGAAUGCAGAGGCCAAGAGAGUCGGCUCAAAGGAAAUCAAGGUAUCGGCAUGGGAGACACAGAAGAAAGCCGAAGAGUGA